CUAUCGUGAUCUAAUGGUUGUAUUUUGUUCUAUGCUACAUCAGUUACAGUCUGUGUAAAUCCUGCCAAUAUUUGAGAUCGCUAACAACAGUUUUUAAUGAAAUUACAUUUGAAGAAAUUGGGCUAACCUCAGCCAACGGUUGAGUUAACGUCUGGGCUAACGGUGGAGAGCUAACUUCGUUGUUAAACUAGUUGAAGAAGCUUAACAACCUGCUGCAUUUACGGUCCUUCUAUGUUAUGUUAAUUGCCAUACUGAUGACUUUGUUUUUGUACUUCAGAUUAUUAGCUUUUUUGUGAGCGUAUUUCUCGGUUUCAUCGUUGAGGUUUUGACAGUCUGUCGCGCGUAGUGGCGGGAGGCGAGGAGAGCCUUAACCUUUGGACCACCAGUUUUACCAGUUAGCAGAAUUGUCCUCUCCAAUAUGGCCGAGGCGUGGGUCCGGUUUUUUUGCGUGAACUGGCGGAACUGACGAGUUGGACACGGAAAUGACGCAAAGACGCCGAGUCUUUAAAUGCUGACGUUAGCGCGGGCUUUCAGCUCAAACCCCUUUUUCUUCCUCAGCAGUGGGACUUUCCCUGUGUGUGCUGCUCUUCAACCAGUCAACAACUGUACACAAAGAGUCGAGUUUUUAAGGAUCAACUGAAAACUACCUGCAGCCUCCGCUUCGAGGACGUGAAAUAUUCUUUUGAAGUUUACGCAGACGUAAAAAACAACAACAACACAGCCACCAUGUUUGAGGCUCGCCUGGUGCAGGGAUCCAUCCUGAAGAAGGUGCUGGAGGCUCUGAAGGAUCUGAUCACAGAAGCUUGCUGGGAUGUCAGCUCGUCCGGCAUUUCGCUGCAGAGCAUGGACUCGUCUCACGUCUCCCUGGUGCAGCUCACCCUGCGGAGCGACGGCUUCGACUCGUACCGCUGCGACAGAAACCUCGCCAUGGGAGUCAACCUGAGCAGUAUGUCAAAAAUCCUGAAGUGUGCAGGAAACGAAGACAUCAUCACCCUCAGAGCAGAAGACAAUGCAGACACACUCGCCCUUGUGUUCGAGACACUCAACCAGGAGAAAGUCUCAGAUUAUGAGAUGAAAUUGAUGGACCUGGAUGUGGAGCAGCUGGGUAUUCCAGAGCAGGAGUACAGCUGUGUAGUGAAGAUGCCCUCUGGGGAAUUUGCCCGUAUCUGCCGUGACCUGUCCCAGAUCGGCGACGCCGUCAUGAUCUCCUGCGCCAAGGACGGAGUCAAGUUCUCUGCCACUGGAGAGCUCGGCACCGGAAACGUCAAGCUGUCCCAGACCAGCAACGUAGACAAAGAGGACGAGGCUGUUACUAUUGAGAUGAACGAGCCCGUUCAGCUGAUCUUUGCCCUCAACUACCUGAACUUCUUCACUAAGGCCACACCACUGUCCAAGACAGUCACCCUCAGCAUGUCUGCUGAUAUUCCCCUCGUGGUGGAGUACAAGAUCGCUGAUAUGGGACACGUCAAAUACUACUUGGCGCCAAAGAUCGAUGAGGAGGCUUCCUAAAUUGUUUAUAACACACCAAAAAGGGAGAAUAGAGAAAAGCAGGCGACUGGGACUCGUUGUGAGUGAGGAAAGAGCUGAAGGGAUCUCGUGGGAGUUGAUGAUCCUACUGAGGUUUCUGAUCUCCUCCUCUCUGAUGAGCUAUCCACAGCGGGAGGUGCAGUGUCAACUUUUUUAUAAACGGUCAACUGUCAGCAUUAUGAAUGAUGCCGAAGCUUCAGUGUUCUGACUCUGAAGAUGUGUUCAGAGCAGCUGACUGGUCCAGACAGCCUCAGUGUACGUUUCAGCACUUGUUCACUCCACCUUUUGAGUCUCGCUCUCUAUUUUUGCCCGUUUUUGGGAAAGCAGUUUUCAAGUAUCCAGUUUCUUCUUGUAGAUACGCAUUUGUAAAUACUUCCUGUGGUUUCGCGUCAGUCAACCCCAAUAUUUUUGUAUUCAUUAAUUCAGCCCAAAAUAAAUGAUUCAAGUUGUUUCCAAAA